AUGCCGCAGGGAGAUGAGAAAGAGACUGACGUCAACAUGUGGUCUCCGGACAAGGAUCGAAAUGAGAAAGCGCAGCUUGGAGACACGAGGCAAGGAUAUGAGAGGAAGUCAACAGUCGAGGACUUGCAAGACAAGCUGCAAGUCGCCUUGUCUGCCUUGGACGAAACCAAAGGAGCCUUGGAUGCUGCGCAGAAGCGCGUUUCCGAGCUCGAGUCCUCCGUUGCACCGGCACCCGAAGAGGAGAUGCCGGUCAAUGGCAGAAUAGAAGCAUUGAAGGCCUCGAUGGCUUUCGUGGCAGUAGUUGCAGUGGAAGCCGUCUAUUUCGUGUUCAUCCUCGAUGAGCGGAAGAAGUUUGGCGAAGCUAGCUGCGCCGGCGUUGCCGCUGUUGCCUUGAGGAGCUGCGAGCUUUGCGGCGAUGGCACGCUGGUGAUGCCUGUAGGCGGUGACUAUGAGAAGUCGUGGCCAGCAUUGAUCAGAAGUCUUUUCUAUUUUUUCGUUCUCCUGUGGUCAUUUCAGGGGGUUGGUAUCAUAUGCGAUGAAUUUAUGGCGGCGAUCGAGAAGAUCACCAGCAGUAAACGUUCCAAGUGGAUAACAAAUCCCGCUGGGCAGAAGGUUGAAGUUCGCGUCACCGUCUGGAACGAGACUCUUGCGAACUUGAGCCUGAUGGCACUUUGCUCCUCAGCUCCAGAGAUUCUUCUUUCUACUGUGGAGCUUUGCAGCAAUCGAUUCUUCUCGGGCAGCCUUGGUCCACAAACAGUUGUGGGAAGCGCAUCCUUCAACUUGUUCUGCAUCUCGUCCGUGUGCAUCUCGGCGCUGGCGCCUGGGGAGGUGCGACGCGUCGAGAAGUAUCCAGUCUUCUGUUUCACGUGCGCCGCAUCGGUGAUGGCCUACGUGUGGAUGCUGGUUGUGCUGGCCGGAAUUACACCUGACCGCGUGGAUCUUGCUGAAGGAGUCGUUACCUUGCUGUUCUUCUUCGUGUUCUUAGGCAUCGCCUUCAUCCUGGACAAGUACUUUUCCAAGACUGGGGUAGAUCCUGAUGUCGCAGAGGUGCACAGACAGCUAGAAGCACGAUUCGGUCAGGCUGUUUCUCUCGAAGGAGUUCAAGCAAUGAUGAAGACGCAGGCGAAGAAACAACCCAUCGAACCUCGAAACACCAAGAACGAAGCCAAAGGCCAAAUCUUGCGACUUUCCACUGGUGGUAAGAAGCAGCCGAGCGUGUGUGCAUAUGGCUUCGUAGACUCGGAGGUAGUUUUCCACGAGGGUGAUGGCUGUGCCAGCCUGCAGAUAACAGCCCUCAAUGGCCCACAUCCAGCACCGGUCCGCAUCAAGUAUCGCACCCGAAAUGGGAUGGCGAAGGCAGGAAAGCGGUAUCACCAGAAAUCCGGCGUCUUGCAUUUCCUCCCCGAGGAGGAGAAACAGGAAUUGAGGAUACCUCUCAUGAUGGCAAAAGGCCCUCCUGAGGAAUUCUAUGUCGAGCUCACCGAGAUCAAAGCCGAUGGACUCGAAGGCAAGAAGAAUCCGCCGGUUAUCACACAAUGUGGCAGCUGUCAGUCUGGUUUGGGUCCUUUCAUCCCCAGAGGCUGCUUAGCUGGACUUUCUCAAACCGUUGCAUACGUGAAUAGUGACUACAGUGACUACAGUGCUUUGUCCAAAGCGGACAUUCAGCCUGCGACCAAGGAGGGCGGCAGCGGCCGCUUGGAAGUGAGCAUGCUGGUCACACCGCGCUUGUUCUUUCUCCCACUAGUGAUGGAGGUCCGGUCGGGACUCCCGAAGAAUGCAGCACCUCGCGGCCGUGCCAAGUGUGAAAACGAACCGGACACUUCGAGGGCGCUAUCGGAGAUCCGAUCAGAAAUCAAGUCGGAGGCAAAAUCCGACGCCAGAUCUGAUGCCAGAUCAGAUGCACAAGGUCCCGAGGAAGAGGACGAGCCUUUCAGCUUCUCGCAUUGGAUGGACAAGGCAGUGGAAGCUUUCUUCUGCAACGGCAGUGCCGAGGAGCAGGCGCAGGCUACGGCUUUUGACUGGCUGAUGCAUUGUUUGGCACUGACCUGGAAGACGGCUUUUCUGAUCGUCCCGCCGCCGUCGCUGCUGGGUGCCUACCCGGCCUUCUUCUGCUCUCUGCUUGGCAUCGGCUUGGUCACCGUGGUCAUCAACGAUGCAGCGAGCUUGUUGGGUUGCUCCAUAGGGAUGGCAGACGACCUAACGGCGAUCACCUUAGUUGCGCUUGGGACCAGCUUGCCAGACACCAUGGCGUCCAGAACAUCCGCCAAGUCGGACGAGACUGCCGACAACUCCAUCGGCAACAUCACCGGCAGCAAUGCGGUGAAUGUGCUGCUGGGUAUGGGCAUCAGCUGGACGAUCGGCGCUGCCUAUUGGGCCCACAACGGAGUCACGGACGAGUGGAAGGGACAUCAAACAACGGCUGGCAACUAUGAAACGCUCUAUCUCGGCAGCAAUCCCGAGGGCGGCUUCAUCGUAGUGGCAGGAGCGAUCUCUUUCUCUGUCUCAGCCUUUGCAGUGCUUGCGAUGCUCUGUGUGGCACUGCUGUACAUGCGACGCGUCACUUAUGGCGGAGAGCUGGGUGGACCCUUACUGGCGCAGAGGAGAGAUAGCUUCCUUUGCUUCCUCUUGUGGAUUAUGCAGCUCGAAGCAUUUAUCCAUGCUCACAUACUCACGCAAUCUCAUUCACGAGUCAGGGCCGGACAAGGUCCAAGACCGUUUUCUCUGCAUGUCUCAUCCACCAUGCAGGUUUAUUGCCGCGAACGUUGUGUGACUGGGCAGCACUGA